GCGGGGAAGCAGAUGUUUAGGGAGGACCACGCGCUGGCGCACAGGUGCGUGGAAUCCGCGGAGAUCCGAGCGAAACAUCCCCACUGGGGUCCGGUGAUCGUGGGCAAAGUCUCAGGCUCCCAGCGGGUGGACAUUGACAAACGGAAGGAUCUGGUUCCAUCUGACCUCUCUGUGGCUCGGUCCACGCGGAUCGUCAGGACCCGGGUCCAGCUCCCUUCCGAAAAGGCAGUCUUCCCGGUGGAUAAGACAGUCCCGCAGGCCAGCCUAACCGUGGGCAGCUUGACGAGAAGGAAAAGAUGAAGCAAUAUCUCAUAUAAUCAACAUACCUGCAAAGGACCAGGAAACCUGAGAAGUGCUAAUGGAGACUUACUGGUACAUAGGAG